AUGUCCGCGGUAUUCUUUAUCAUUUUUACUAUUUUUAUUCAAGUUAACAAAGUCUUAAAUGCAUCAGCAUUUGGAAGUGUUUUUCCAAUUCCAUUGAAUAUAUCUAAUGAUGAUCCAAAUUUUCGACAAUGUCCAGAAAAAAGUGGAAAUUAUGCACAUACAAGUAAAUGCUCACUUUUUCACGCGUGUACACUUGGUAUUCAUACAAUUUAUUCAUGUAUUGAUGGUUUCUUGUUUAAUCCAGCCAGUGGUGAAUGUCAAUAUUGGCCAAUGGAAAAAGAAAUAAAGUGUGCUGAAAUUCUUCAGACAAUGAAAGAUAUUAAUCUUUUACCAAGUGUAGAACCAAUCAAAAACCAUGAUUAUUAUUAUUAUCGUCGAAAAUCUGCAACAUCAAAAUGUAUUCAAACUGGAAUAUAUCCGGAUAUACUUGAUUGUUCAUUGUUUCAUUAUUGUCAUCAAAAUCAACAACAUGAAAUAUUCAAAUGUCCAAAUGGAUUACAUUUCGAUCCACAAACAUUUAUGUGUUCAGCACCUCAACUAGUUAAUUGUCAAUACGAAUCACCAACAGAACCAACAAUAAUUGAUGAUACUUCAACUAUUGAAUUAGGUCAUUUAAUCUGUCGUGAUUAUGCUCCUGGUACUCAUUUACCCGUAUCGAAUAAAUUCGAUGAGUUUAUAAUAUGUGGAAAUAAUGGUAAAAGAAGUAUUCGUAUGAAAUGUAAACCAGAUCUUAAUUACAAUGCAUUAACAAUGAAUUGUGAAAUGAUAAAUAAUAUGGUAUUGAAUAAUUUAGAUGUUGAAUUAAAACAAACAGCAAAACAUAAAAUUAAUAUUUCGACUGAACAGUUUUUAUUGUUUCCUAAUAAUUUCAAUAAUAAUAAUAAUAAACCUCUAAAAACAAAUACUGAUACAAAAUUUAAAAUUGAUGUUACUCAAAAACAAUUAUCUUGUGUUGGUACAAAGAUUAAAGAUACAAUUAGUGUUAUUGAAAAAAAAUCAACUGCUAAUUCACAAUUAUCACGAAUAUUUCAUCAUUUGAGUAACGAUUAUGAUCAACAACAAGAAAUUGAUGACAUUAUCAAAAUAAUAGUUAUCUCUAUUUUGACUUUAACCAGUCUUAUUCUUUUUAGUUCAAUUAUUUUUGGUAUUUCGAUUUGUAUUCGUUUGAUUUUAUUUCCAUCAACAAAACCUAUUGGCGCUUGGAAAACAUUAAUAGAAGAAUCAAAUGUUUAG